UAGCCACUACGGAUACGAGGUUGAUCGAUCGCCGACGCAAUCGAGUCGACGUCGACGACGCGAGGCGACGCUACUGCCAGCCACGACUACUGCCACGAUGGCCGAGGAGGCUGACAUAAACGAUAACGCGGCGAUGGAAAGUAUAGCGCAAAACAUACUAGAGGUCAGUGCCGGAGGUGGUGGUGGCUCGUCGGACACCGAGGUGGGCGCGUUGCACUUUCAGGCGUCGCAGGUGAUCGCGCGGCUCGAGCAGGCGGUGGAACGGGAGGCCGAUGGCCACGGCGGCACCACGUGGAACAACCCCUCGGGAUUCCUGUCGCAACCGAAGAAACCGGACGAGAUAUUGGCGUUGAUACAGGACUUGGUAAUUCACGAGGACGCGCCGCAACCAGGCGAGGCAGAAUCCGCGGACGCACCGAUCAGUCAAAUCACAGCUCUGCCAACUCUAACCGAGGAGGUGAAAUUAGCCUUAGUCACGCACACCGUUUCAGCUUACGCGAUAGCGCUACCAAAGUCGCACGCGCAAAAGCUCGCCGGUCGUCUCGCGGCCGACACGACGAGAUGGCUCAGUCACAUCUUCCGUUUCGUCGAUUGCGCGUCCUCCUUUCACGAGGAUCACCUGGAGGGACUGGUCAGGGUGACGCGGCUCGCCCUACACCGAAAAUAUCCUCGAUACAUGGAGGAGGGCUUUACCGCUCUCGUGUCUCAGACUCCUCUAAUUUACAGCUCUGUCGCUGCACCUUUAGGCGUCGUUCAACACUUGUGCAGACAGCUCUCUUUGCCUCUUCAUUGUAUAAGACCAAUCCCACAUAACACUAUAUUUGGCUCGAGGCAUGCCAUGGAUGUCUCGGCAUUGGAGCGACGCUUAGCGGAGGACACUCAAUCGAACAACGUGACACCGUUGUUGGUGCUAGCUGAAGCCGGUUCGGUAUUAACGGGUCAUUGCGACAAUAUUACGCGAUUACGAGCGAUAUGCGACAAAUACAACGUCUGGCUACAUCUCAGAGGACAUUCACUGGCUGCGCUCGCGUUGAAUAACUCUACGAAAGAUUUGCCGUCAAAGAUAGCAGACAGCAUUACAUUACCACUUGGCACAUGGUUAGGUAUACCUUCGCUACCAAUAGUCACAUUGUAUAGAUUAGCAGAUAUUAAAGGAGGAAGGCCUACUCCAAGAGAUACUACCCUGUCGCUAGUCUCAGGACUGAUGGCAGAUUCACUAUCGAGAAGAUUGCCAACUUUACCCUUGUGGGCCGUUCUGCAAGCUCUAGGUCGAGACGGAGUAUACAACAGAUUUAGAAGAUGUUUCUUGGCUGUGGAAGAGUUGUACAAUAAGAUUAAAGAGUUCUCUUGCAUUAGAAUAUUGAGUCAAUCACCAGGCAGUGAAACGGAAUCUUACACUUUAAGCGAAUAUCUCGCAAACAAUCCUGUAAACAAUCUACAGUUAUUUGAAGUUGUAGCGAGCGCGUUAGUUUUCCAAUUUGUACCGGCGCACAAGGAUCUUCAAGCCUCGGAGCGAGUACUACCCUAUUACGACAAAUUAAACUCCUGGUUGGGGCAGAUUCUUCAGAGGGACAUUGACAAUGUACAAAUAGAACUUUGUGAUAUAGAACAGUGCGGUGUCGCGAUUCGAAUCUGUCCGUUGGAGAAUCCCGAUCAGCCGCCUACGACCGAAGAUAUAGAUAAUCUAGUGACCUGUCUUGAACAACAAAUAGAAAUAUUACUAGCGACAGUGGAACACAAAGACACCUUCGUACGUUUAGUCUCAGAGAAUGAUUCUUUACAUUUAGUGGAAAUGCCGGGUUGGGCGGGUUUGGGAGGUGUGCGUUACGCUCCGCCUACUUGGAUUCACGUUAUGACCGAUCAGGCAAGGGAAGAACUAAACAAACUAAAUACGCAAUUGGUCGAAAUGCUACGCAGCACGGACGCCGCAUUUUCCCUCGGAGAAGGCGCAGACGGCCUGGCUUGCGUACGAUUUGGCAUGGUGACGCAAGACACGGACGUUGCCGAACUGUUAUCCUUAGUCUUGCAAGUUGGCCAAGAGGUUGAAGCCAGUUCUAAAAUGAUGGAUACCAUCUCUGAAGUAGUUAAGAGAGGUAUCGAGACAGCGCAAACCGAUCUUGAGAGGGAAAACGCAGAGAAACUAUGGCAGGAGGGUAUUCUUAGGCAUGUCCCCGUAGUAGGAACUUUUGUCAAUUGGUGGAGUCCUAUUUCGAAGGAAACGGGCGUUCGCGGUCGUAGUCUAAAUUUGCAAGCUGGUAUUGUGGAGAGUACGGAAAAUAUCUACAAAUACCAUAUGCAACUGCAACCUAAUUUCGCAAACAGCAAUGGUUCCGGUGCUAGAACUCCGCCCCAACCGCUAGUGCAAACACCAGUUGGUGCUAGUAGUCAGAGUCAUAGUCGAUCGUCCAGUCAUUCUAGCCUACAGAGCGGUAAGAGCAUGCCUCUGAUAAACAGUGCCAGUUUCCAGCCCCAAGUGAAGGAAGAGUCGGGGCAAACAUUGAAGUCGUAGUAAACAUUUUUACCGUUAUGGAUACGCGUCGAGAGCACAUAGUUUCCAAGUCAUCGUUAAACUUGGCAUAAGAGCGAUAUUACUUUGAACAUGAAACGUUCAGAUGUUUCCCACCUCCAGGUAUUCUUUAUAUCUGCAAAAUAUUAGACGUAAUCUGUAGAACUUAUUUGCUCGAUAAAACAAAGCGCGCGCGACAGUUUAACUUUUCCUUGCCGCUAAUACUUUCGACCAGCUGUUUCUCACCUUUUCACGUAAUGUCUCCGCAGACUCUCUUUCAAAAACUUCGCUAUUAAACGAUCGCGACUUAAUCAUGGGAUGGUCCAUGUACUUACUAGACUGAUACACGUAGCGAUGUUACUUUUAUAAGUUCACACAUAACAAUUUUACACCUGUUAACCUGUAAUACCUGUUAACGCGUCAAAUUUGUACGCAUAUUCGCGAUUCGUUUUGAUGUUUCGGCAAUCAGUUUCGCGUUUAUUUUCCUCGUGGCAUGUCUUUUUAUUCCGAUUAACAGCGGUCCAGCCACGGAGAUGUAGAAACAAGCAUGAAUCUUGACGCAUAUUGCAUACAUUACAGAUAGAUUUGUGAUGAAUCCAUGAAAAGAAUGCGAAUGAAUGCGAAUUUUCUUUCCACUCAAGGCGAACUGCGAAUAAGUAGACAUAGUCUGGCAUAGUCUAGCUUUAUGAAACAAUUUAGAGCAAGACCAUUUUCUCUUCUAAUUAGUUAUUUUCUGCUUCUCCUUCUCAUAUCUUAUUAAUAUCAAUUUGCUUGAUAAAAUAUUCUUUUUUAGAAUAUGUUGCAAUAAAAUUAUUUAUUGUUAAAUAUAGUAAAGUUUUAUAUAGAAUAUAUAUUAGACACUCUUUAAUUAUUAUGUUAUUCCAAAAGAUGCUUCAGUUUUUUUGUCGUCAAAAUUAUUUAAAAGUUUUCGCUGUUUUCAAUAAUUUUUAUUCCCUUUAAAUUACUAAUCUCUAAAUUUAUUUUUUGUAUUCGUUAAGUUUCAACUUUUCAUAAUCACAAUACUGUAAUUAAAAUGUAAUAAGAAAACUUUCUUUCUCUUUCUCUCCUCUCUAUGUAUAUUUGUAUCUUUUAUGAGAGAUUAUGAAGAAUAGGUACUUGUGUAUGAAAAUAUUACAAGAAAAGUGUUCUGAAGGUAUUCGAAAGGUGUAAGCAAUGACUCGCCAAAGAAAAAACUUAUAUUCCCAUCUAAAUAAAA